AUGAGCCGGACACUCCUCCGCUCCCUUCUGGAGCUCCGCGCGCCCCUACCGCGCGUGACAACUAGCCCCCUCGCCCUCGUGGUACGGUCCAUCUCGACGACGACGCCGACACCCUCCGCUCCCUCCGCUUCCUCCUCCUCCGCCCCCGUCUCCAAGACCGCCCUCUACCCGCCCGAGCAACCCGUCCACAAGCCCCUCUCCGACUCGGUGCGCUCCCUCCUCCCCGUGCUCGCCGCCCAGCCCGCCCACUACAUCACCAUCCACGUCCAUGGCGUCCCCUACCUCGUCACCAGGGGCGACCACGUCCGCCUCCCCUUCCGCAUGCCGGGCGUCGGGCACCCCUUUGUCGACGAGCGCCUCUUUGAGUGCAAGGCUACCGUGCUCGGCGUCGAGGCUGAGCCUAUGCGCGAGAAGACCAAGACCAAGAGGCGGAACAGAAAGGUCAAGACGGUUAAGAGCAAGCACAAGUACACCAUCCUCUCUAUAUCGCAUCUCAAGGUCAACACCCCCGAAGAAGUUGGCGCAUAG